UGCCUUGUGUCAUGCACGUUUGCUUUUAUUCACUCUCUUUCAUCUUUUUUCUUAUUCGUUCCAAUCUGGAAAAAUGUACUCGUCGCAUUUUUAGUGCAGAGAGUGCAAAGAGAUACUAAUCGAAAUAACAGUUUGAUGUUCUCCACGUGUUUUUCUCGGAGUAAAUAUGACGACAGCCAGAGAUUUAUAAAGGAUUUUAUCUAGUUUAUGUUACAUAAAGUACUGCCAAAAUGCAAGUAUCCGCGCCGAACAAUAUAAAGAUUUAUAAUCUUAGCGCUGGGAAGUCUCUCCCUGAGUGGUUAUCUGAACAAAAAAGGAGACGUUUAUUGAAGAAGAAUGUUGAUAUACGACGACGUAUCGAACUUAUACAGGAUUUUGAUAUGCCUGGUGUGAGCACGUCCAUCAGAGUAUCCAAGGAUGGACAAUAUAUUCUUGCAACAGGGACUUACAAACCACGUGUAAAGUGCUUCGAUGUAAAUAACUUGUCAUUAAAAUUUGAGAGAUGUUUUGAUUCCGAAGUGGUUACUUUUGAAGUAUUAUCAGAUGACUACAGCAAAUUAAUAUUUCUUCAGUGUGAUCGCUAUGUUGAAUUUCACGCUAUUCAUGGAAAAUAUUACAGACUCAGAGUGCCACAUUUUGGAAGAGAUCUAAAAUACCAUUAUCCAUCAUGCGAUGCCUUCAUUGUAGGCAAUAGUAAUGAAAUAUAUAGGAUAAACCUUGAACGUGGUCAGUUUUUACAGUCAUUCGUAACGGAAGCAAAUUCGAUAAAUAAAUGUGAGAUAAAUCCAUUGCAUCACCUACUCAUGGUUGGUACACAGGAUGGUAAAAUUGAAGCUUGGGAUCCAAGAUCUAAGAAUAGGGUGGGCACCCUUGACUGCGCGCUGCACUGUAUCACUCAAGACAAGAUGGAAGCAGUACCCGCAAUUACUGCUUUGAAAUGUCAAGGAGGUUUGAAUGUAGGAGUCGGUACGUCGACGGGCCAAGUACUACUGUACGAUAUACGGUCCGGCAAGCCGUUUUUUGUGAAAGAUCACAUGUAUGGAUUGUCAAUUAAGUGUAUAGAUUUCCACCAAAAGAUGGAUCUGGUUUACUCCAUGGACAGUUCCAUUGUAAAAAUAUGGGAAAGGGAUAACGGAAAACUUUAUACAUCCAUAGAAGCGCAGCAUGACUUUAAUGAUUUAUGUGUUAUACCAGAUACUGGCAUGCUCUUGAUGGCCAAUGAGACCACAAAAAUGCAGACGUACUACAUUCCUAGUCUCGGUCCCGCCCCUUACUGGUGCAGUUUCCUCGAUAAUCUUACGGAGGAAUUGGAAGAACUGAAUUAUGAUAUCAUCUAUGACGAUUACAAAUUUGUAACUGAGAAAGAACUGAAUGAAUUGGGUCUCUCGCACUUGAAAGGCACUAAUCUACUCAGGGCUUACAUGCACGGUUACUUUAUAGACAUCCGAUUAUAUAGGAAAGCAAGAGAUGUGAUGAAACCGUUCGAGUUUGCAGAGUACAAAAAGAGAAGGAUUCGCGAGAAGAUUGACGAGGAGGCUGCUAGCAGAGUACAGAUACAAAAGUUGCCAAGUAUAAAUCAAGAGCUGGCAUUGAAGUUGAUGGACAAUGCAAAUAACAAAAACAAAAAGAAGCGAGCAUCGUCCAACCUGCUCAACGACGAACGGUUUAAAGCUCUCUUUAACAAUCCUGAUUUCCAAAUUGAUCAGAAUUCUGAAGAAUAUGGUUUGUUAAAUCCUGUUAUUUCUCAACUUCAUAAAAAUAAAGCUAUGAAGUUAAAACAGAAAUUAGCACAAGAGGAAGAAGAAGAAGAAAAAGAAGCGCCCAACGAGGAUGAACCACACGCCGAUAGUUCAGAUGAAAGCUUCAUACAUGACUCGGACGAUGAGAGCUCGGACGAUGAGAAGCCAUGGGUCAAAGAAGUGCAGAAGAAUUAUCGAUUAAUAAGGAAAAAUAAAAGAGAAAGAGAGGAAGAGAGUGGGGACGAGAAUAAUGAUUCGGUAGUAAAGAAUGAACCGAAGUUAGAUGAAAUUCAGAAUAAUGUGAAAUUCGAAGUAGGUGAACCAGUAAAGAAGAAGCAGAGCAAAGCGACAUUAGGUGAAAGAUUGAAAAUCGAAGAGGCGCACAAUGUUAAAGUGUCAAGCUCAGGUGGAAAUAGAGAGAUGACGUUUACUGUCGGAAAGGUAGAAUCUAAUAAUAAACUCAAGAAUAGUAGUAAAGAUACAACGCAACAGAAUUGCGAAGAACAUACAGAAAUUUCUGUACCAUCCAUUUUAACAAGUAUAACUUCAACUUUUCAGAGCACUGAUCAUAUGGGUGAAAUCACUGAAGAUUAUGAAAACUUUAUCAGCACAUCUGCAGUACUUCAUUAUUGCAAACAUAAAAUACUAAGGCCAUAUUUGAGAUUGUUAGGCGUAAUGGGAUUGAGACCAACCAGUAGCGAUGAAUCUAACCAUUUUUUAUGGUGUUCUAUUUUAACGAAUCUUCAUACUUUACAAGUCAUUAUAUUUAUAUGUAUUGGAUAUGUUUUACAGUAUAUGGCUUGUUUUAGAAGAGAUCGGGGAUUUUGUUACAAAGUAUUAGUGUUAGAGCAAAAUGUAGCAAAUGUUAACGAACAAUGGACGCAAGAACCGUCUUGCUAUGGAAAUGUGAUUUUCAGCUACUUAAUUCCAAGUAUAUUGCAUCUGAUCGCGUAUUUAUACACGAUAUACUUGUUUCGCGUUAAGGAAAACGAGCAGUUGCAGAAUCUAAUGGAGAGAGCGUUCCUGCUUUCCUCGAAUCCGAUAAACCGAGGCAAUCAGAAGCGCCUUGUACAUAUAUUAUGGUUGUUUAUAGCAUUGAGCAUAGUAUGGAUGGUGAUGGCAUUAAUUACUGUGAAUAUUCAGAUGGCCAAGGGAAAUAUCGUAUUUCAAUGGGUAGAGAAUAGCCCGUAUCAGGUGAAGAUAACGCUAAAAGUAUUCUUAAUCAUCUGCACUUUGUGGCAUGAUAUGGUCCAGGGAACUAUUAUCACAAGCUACUGUUUGCAAGGACAGCUGUUAAUGUCACAUCUACAUUUUCUACGUGGAAAGUUGCUGCAACAUAUUCUGCCACCCAUUGAUUGGAUGAGAGACAUCGACGAAUUUAAGAAACUGCUGAAAUAUUUUAAUGACGAAUUAGGCCCGGCUGUGUGCAUUUAUACGAUAGUUAAUUUAUCGUGGGCAGCUGCGGGCAUCGCAUGGCUGUUUCAGUACUACAUUAACAAUGAGGAUAAUUAUCCAGUUACGUACGUCAACGUGAUGAAUGUUGUAUUAUGGAUCUUAAUAUCGAUUGCUCCAUUUAUUCAGGCUGCGCGUUUAACAAAUGCUUGCUCUAUGAUUCGGGCCGUAGGACACGAGAUACGUAUCCGACCGUUCGUGUAUCAGACUACUCCAGGAGAAGAUCUCGAUAGCAUACUUCUGUACACGUCUUCUUUAAAAAUGAGCGCUAGAUUAUUCAGGAUACCAAUUAAGGGUAGAUACUUAUUUCUUCUGCUAACUGUUGGCAGUAUUGCUAUCAUUACUUUAGGACAGUGUCAUUUUUUCUCUUAAAAUGUGUAGUUCGGUUAAUUGAGGCUGUGCUCUCUGCGAUGCAUUAAAUAUAUAUAUUUUUUAAGCGUACAAUCAUCUAGUACCAUUAUUUAAAUAUAAAAUGUAUUAUUUAUAUAUGCCCCUUGUUAAGUUAUAUAUAUUUAGAAAAUUGUUUUUACAUUUCUUGUAUAUAUAAAGAAUUAAUGUAUAGAAUAUGUACAGAUAAUCAUAACGUAUUAGAAAAUGCAUGUUACGAAAGUUUUAUUAUGGAAAACUUGUGGUCGUUAUGUACUUUUCUAUCCAGAAAAUUGUAGCAAACAUUUUGCACAAUUGCAUUUUAUUUCCUACAAAUGCAUUCAUUUUGUUAUCAAGAAUAGUUACCAAGAAUAAAUGAAAUACUAAAAAAAAGGUAUUUUAUUCUUCUUCUGAUUAUCAUCAAAUACAUAUUAUAUUCACCAAAUGGCAGUAAUAUUAUUACAGCAAUCUGGAACGAAUUCUAACUCACAUCUUUAACUUACAACAUGUAAAUCUACAAAUAUUCAAUGAAUCCUCCCUUUCCAAAAAUUUUAUAUUCAUGCUUUUAUAUUAUUAGAACCUAUAUAAGAGAAAUGCAAAAGUCACAUCAUUAAUAAAUACUCUCUAAUUGAAUUCUUUAUAUGAAAUACAUGUGCAGGUAAAAUAUAUAUAUGUUCCCAAAUUGGCAAGUUUAGCUUAAAACUGGCUCAACGAACCCAUGAUCACUUUGCAUAUUGUCGAUUAUUAUGUUUUUGCAUUUUAUCAAAUUGAUUUACAAGAUGGCUUGAGUGACGCACAAGUUUAAAGAUCAGUUCAAUAAAUUCAUUAAACGAAAGCGAUCAACACUUUAUCAAACUAAUAUAUUUUACAUAAUUGUUUCAUGUGUGUAUGUGUAUAUAUAUACGAUCACCAUACAUCAGUUUCAAAAUUUUCGCAAUAAUUGUUGGAGGUGUCUCUAAAAUAUCAGAUCUUAGUACCGAAAAUUCAAGAUGCACGAGAUGAGUGGGAAAGUAAUUCGUUUAGGUGCGUAUGUUGUUAAAACUACUGAAUGAAAAACAGUGAUAUGAAGUGGGAGCUUCUGCAAACUGUGAAAUAAGUCUUUCUCUCAUUGACAAAUCUUGCAUUAUUAAAUCUCUUAUUAAUAAAGCAUAGAUCGUGAUAUCGAUAAAUCCGAAAGAUCAAGAAAUAUUUAUUUAAUAAAUAUUGUAAUGUUUUAAUAAGAGUUCGUUAUUCUAAUAUACAUUCAUAAUUUUACAGGAAUUAUUUAAUUUUGACUAAAUAGCGCAUGAUAUUGACACUUUAUGGUACUGCUUUCAGAAUACUAAACGUUGUAGUAGCACCUGCAUAAUGUAUGUUCCACCAAUGAUUUUCUACUUAGUGAUAUUCGCGUACUUCUUAAUUGGUUUCUUUUUUUUGACAAUAUUGUACACGCCUAAAUUUUGUAGAAAACUUUGUUGUCCACAUAAGAUUUGAUGAUACAGAUAAGCUACUUACACGAGAAGCUAACAAUGCCUCAACAGAAUUAGUUCCAGAAAAUCAUAAAGAAUGCAAAGUUGAGCGUAUUACCAAAUAAAGUCAGUGGAAUGUGCAAGUUAUACAUGGCUGCUUAUAGGUUUAUAUUUAAAUAAUCCAUUUAAUUUAUUAUUAAGAAGUACGUAGUAAAAACGUUUAAUUCGCAAUAACAUAAAAUGUGCAGUCUACAAUCAUUGGAAGUCAAUGGCAAUCAUUACCUUAAGAUAUUACUUGAUUUGACAAUUGUCAUAUCAGCUCACUUAUUGAAUUUGAUAUCUCAAAUUAUUUUUAUAAAUUGCACAAGUAAAUCUUAUAUCAAAAUAGUUUUAUUUUUAAUCACAAGAGUUCCGACAAACCCUGGAUUAAUUGUAAGUGAUGAGAAGUAACCGGAGCAGUCAAACGAGGAUUUUCUCGACCGAGCGUAUAGAAGAUACUGUAAAUCAUAUUACGAUAAGCUACUUACACAAUACAUUACCGUUUAA